UAGGCAGUAGGGAGUUUUCUGCUGGGGUCAGGAGGACUGUGAACAGACGAGCGGACCCUGCCCCAAACACCCGUGUAUGAGUGGAGUGUAGCAGAAAGAGAAAACACCCCAACUUUUUUCCUCUCUUGCCUCAAAGAGUCUACAUGUCUAGUGGCAUCUAGAUAUGUUCAGCUUUGUGGAUUUGCGGCUGGCGCUGCUGCUCAGCGCAGCAGUGCUCCUGGUCAGAGCGCAGGGCGAGGACGACCGCACGGGCGGAAGCUGCACCCUGGACGGCCAGGUGUUUGCGGACCGGGAUGUGUGGAAGCCGGAGCCAUGCCAGAUCUGCGUGUGCGACAGCGGCACGGUGAUGUGCGACGAAGUCAUCUGCGAGGACACAACAGACUGCCCCAACCCCGUCAUCCCCCACGACGAGUGCUGCCCCAUCUGCCCCGACGACGCCUUCCAGGAGCCUCAGGUUGAGGGACCCAAAGGAGAGCGUGGACCCAAGGGAGACAAAGGUCCUGCUGGUCCCCCUGGUAACGAUGGUAUCCCCGGCCAGCCUGGACUGCCUGGACCUCCCGGCCCCCCUGGACCCCCCGGCCUUGGUGGAAACUUCUCCCCUCAGAUGUCUGGUGGUUACGAUGAGAAAUCUCCUUCCAUGCCUGUCCCUGGACCCAUGGGACCAAUGGGACCCCGUGGACCCCCUGGACCUCCUGGUGCUGGCGGACCUCAGGGAUUCACUGGCCCCCCUGGUGAGCCUGGAGAGUCUGGCCCUGCAGGUGCCAUGGGUCCCCGUGGCGCCGCAGGCCCUCCUGGAAAGAACGGAGAGGAUGGUGAGUCUGGCAAACCCGGUCGCGCAGGUGAGCGCGGACCUCCCGGUCCACAGGGAGCUCGUGGUUUCCCAGGAACCCCUGGUCUGCCCGGAAUCAAGGGACACAGAGGAUUCAGUGGUCUGGAUGGUGCUAAGGGAGAAACUGGCCCUGCUGGACCCAAGGGAGAGGCUGGAGCUGCUGGUGAGAAUGGAACCCCUGGUGCUAUGGGACCUCGUGGUUUGCCUGGUGAGAGAGGCCGCACUGGUGCUACUGGAGCUGCUGGAGCUCGUGGUAACGAUGGUGCUGCUGGUGCUGCUGGACCUCCCGGUCCCACUGGCCCCGCUGGACCUCCUGGAUUCCCUGGUGGCCCUGGAGCCAAGGGUGAAGCCGGAGCUCAGGGUGCUCGUGGACCUGAGGGCCCCGCUGGAGCCCGUGGUGAGCCUGGAAACCCCGGACCUGCUGGCCCUGCCGGACCUUCUGGAAACCCUGGAACUGAUGGAGCCCCUGGAGCUAAGGGACUCCCUGGUGCUGCUGGAGUUGCUGGAGCUCCCGGUUUCCCCGGACCCCGUGGACCCCCAGGACCUCAGGGUGCUGCUGGUGCCCCAGGACCAAAGGGUAACACUGGUGAGGUUGGGGCCCCAGGAGCCAAGGGAGAGGCCGGUGCCAAAGGAGAGGCUGGUGCCCCAGGAGUUCAAGGACCCCCAGGACCUCAUGGUGAGGAGGGCAAGAGAGGACCCAGAGGAGAGCCCGGUGGUGCAGGAGCCCGUGGAGUUCCUGGAGAGCGAGGUGCCCCUGGUGGUCGUGGUUUCCCUGGUUCUGAUGGCUCUGCUGGACCCAAAGGUGCCACUGGUGAGCGUGGUGCCCCUGGUGUUGUUGGACCUAAAGGUGCCACUGGUGAGCCUGGCCGCACCGGUGAGCCUGGUCUGCCUGGAGCUAAGGGUAUGACAGGCAGCCCUGGCAGCCCUGGACCUGAUGGCAAGCUUGGACCUUCCGGAGCCCCUGGACAAGAUGGCCGCCCCGGACCCCCUGGCUCCGUUGGAGCUAGAGGCCAGCCUGGAGUCAUGGGAUUCCCCGGACCCAAGGGAGCCAGUGGUGAGGCUGGAAAGCCUGGUGAGAGAGGAGUAAUGGGACCCACUGGCCCUGCUGGUGCCCCUGGAAAGGACGGUGACGUUGGUGCCCAGGGACCUUCUGGACCUGCUGGUCCUUCUGGUGAGAGAGGAGAACAAGGACCUUCUGGAUCUCCUGGAUUCCAGGGUCUUCCAGGACCCCAGGGUGCCAUUGGUGAGACUGGCAAGCCCGGAGAACAGGGUGUGCCCGGUGAGGCUGGAGCCCCUGGACCUGCUGGAGCUAGAGGUGAAAGAGGAUUCCCUGGCGAGCGUGGUGCGUCUGGCCCUAUUGGACCAACUGGUGCCCGUGGAUCCCCUGGAUCUGCUGGAAACGAUGGUGCUAAGGGAGAUGCUGGUGCCCCUGGUGCUGCCGGAGCUCAGGGUCCUCCUGGACUGCAGGGAAUGCCUGGUGAGCGUGGUUCCGCUGGUCUUCCAGGACUGAGGGGAGACAAAGGUGACCAAGGAACUAAGGGAGCUGAUGGAGCUCCUGGUAAGGAUGGUCCCCGUGGUUUGACUGGACCAAUUGGACUUCCCGGACCUGCUGGAGCCACCGGAGACAAGGGAGAGCCUGGUGCCGCUGGAAUGGUCGGACCUGCCGGAGCCCGUGGGCCACCUGGUGAGCGUGGAGAGGCCGGACCACCUGGACCUGCUGGAUUCGCUGGACCCCCUGGUGCUGAUGGACAGCCUGGUGCUAAAGGAGAGGCUGGAGAGAAUGGUGCUAAGGGAGAUGCUGGUUCCCCUGGCCCUGCUGGACCCACUGGUGCCCCUGGACCCGCGGGUCCCGUUGGAAAUGCUGGCCCCAAGGGAGCCCGUGGACCUGCUGGACCUCCUGGUGCUACUGGCUUCCCUGGUGCUGCUGGCAGAGUUGGACCUCCUGGCCCCUCUGGCAACCCUGGACCUCCUGGACCUUCCGGACCAACUGGCAAGGAAGGUAUCAAAGGAAACCGUGGUGAGACUGGACCCGCCGGUCGUACUGGUGAGAUUGGUGCUGCUGGACCCCCAGGACCUGCUGGAGAGAAGGGUAGCCCUGGUGCUGAAGGUGCCCCCGGUAGUUCUGGUCUGCCUGGACCUCAGGGUAUUGCUGGACAGCGUGGUAUUGUUGGUCUGCCUGGACAGAGAGGAGAGAGAGGUUUCCCUGGCAUGCCCGGACCUUCCGGAGAAACUGGAAAGCAGGGACCUUCUGGCCCCGGUGGUGAGCGCGGACCUCCUGGACCCAUGGGACCCCCUGGACUGGCUGGAGCCCCUGGAGAGUCUGGACGUGAGGGAAUCCCCGGUAACGAAGGAGCAGCCGGUCGCGAUGGAGCUGCUGGACCCAAGGGAGACCGUGGAGAGACUGGCGCUGCUGGAGCCCCUGGUGCCCCUGGACCCCCUGGUGCCCCCGGACCUGUUGGACCCGCUGGAAAGAAUGGUGACCGUGGAGAGACUGGACCUGCUGGCCCAGCUGGUAUUGCUGGCCCUGCUGGACCUCGUGGCCCUGCUGGAGCUGUUGGACUUCGUGGAGACAAGGGAGAGACCGGAGAGGCUGGCGAGAGAGGCAUGAAGGGACACAGAGGAUUCACUGGCAUGCAGGGACCUCCUGGACCUUCUGGACCCUCUGGAGAGCAGGGACCUGCUGGUGCUGCUGGACCCGCCGGUCCUAGAGGCCCCUCUGGAUCUGCUGGUUCUCCUGGUAAAGAUGGUAUGACCGGCCUGCCUGGACCCACUGGACCUCCUGGACCUCGUGGACGCUCUGGAGAAAUGGGACCUGCUGGUCCUCCUGGACCUCCUGGUCCUCCUGGAGCACCUGGUGCCCCUGGUGGUGGAUUCGACCUCGGCUUCAUCGCCCAGCCUCAGGAGAAGGCACCCGAUCCCUUCCGCAUGUUCCGCGCCGAUGAUGCUAACGUUCUCCGCGACCGCGAUCUGGAAGUGGACAGCACCCUGAAGAGCCUUAGCCAGCAGAUUGAGCAGAUCCGCAGCCCCGACGGAACCCAAAAGAACCCUGCCAGAACCUGCCGUGACCUCAAGAUGUGCCACCCUGACUGGAAGAGCGGUGAGUACUGGAUUGACCCUGACCAGGGCUGUACUCAGGACGCCAUCAAGGUCUACUGCAACAUGGAGACUGGAGAGACCUGUGUAUCCCCAACUCAACACGAGGUUUCCAAGAAGAACUGGUACACCAGCAAGAACAUCAAGGAGAAGAAGCACGUCUGGUUCGGAGAGGCUAUGAACGACGGCUUCCAGUUCGAGUAUGGCAGCGAGGGCUCUCUGCCAGAGGAUGUCAACAUCCAGCUGACCUUCCUGCGUCUCAUGUCCACUGAGGCAUCCCAGAACGUCACCUACCACUGCAAGAACAGCGUUGCCUACAUGGAUGCCGCUGCUGGCAACCUCAAGAAGGCCCUGCUCCUCCAGGGCUCCAACGAGAUCGAGAUCAGAGCCGAGGGCAACAGUCGCUUCACCUACAGUGUCCUGGAGGAUGGAUGCACGUCACACACCGGUACAUGGGGCAAGACAGUCAUCGACUACAAGACAUCGAAAACAUCUCGCCUGCCCAUCAUUGAUAUCGCUCCUAUGGACGUUGGUGCUCCAGACCAAGAGUUUGGCCUUGAAGUUGGACCCGUCUGUUUCUUGUAAAAAGAGAAAUCUGGACUUGAAAUUGUUGUUGUGUGUGUGAGUGUGUUUUAUUUUUUCUAGCAGUCAUCUCUCUAUAAAAAAAAAACCCCACCAAAACGUUCUUCUAAUGCCAUUUUUCUGAAAAAUCCAACCCCUCGCUCCUGAUUCUACGAGUUUCCAUUCGGCCAUUGUUCCGAUGGUCCACUUUGCCUAAAACCUGCACUUCAACAAGAUGUCGGUGAUGUGGCAGUGUCUGCAUCAUUGUGUUUGGGACCACUACUUUUUUUGUUUCUGACUCUCGUUUUUUUUUUUUUUUUUUGUUUGUUUGUUUUGGUUUUUUUUUUUUUACCAUCACCAACACCAAGGAUCCUGUAAAGAAGACAUUUUGUUUCACUGGCAACAAGAAAAUAAUAUAUGCUUCUGUAAAGUGUAAAAAAUUUACUUCCCCUCUUCAUCCAGCCAAACCAGGCCACUCUGGAGUUUACAGAAACCAACAGAAACACACAGGUGACUUUUGUAUUUUUAUACACCACUGCGGUGAGAGGAAUGAAAGGACAGUCCCAACAGACAGAACCCAAUUGUUGUACCACGUUUCAGGUGUUGAUGAAUAAACGGUGAAACUGAGAGCCAUGUUUGUCUCUGUUGUUCUGCCCCCCUCCUCCAUCUGCCCCAGACAAGGCUGACAACUCCUUCCUCUUCAUCCACUGAUGUUGUAGCUGUUGUGAUUUGUUUGUUGUCAUGGUCGCUUUCUUGUUUGUUCCUUUCUACUUCUCCCUUUUUUCUAAAGAAAAGUCACAUUAAAUCCAUCACCAGAGAAACAUGGGUUGAAACCUCUUUUUUGAAAGAAUAUAAAAUCCUAUGGCUACCUCAGAAAGCAAGGAAUUCCAGCUAUGAAAAAGGGCCCAGUGUUUUAGAAGCGCCUGCAGUAGUUGUGGCGGUCGGUGGGGUAGUCAAGGUUUACUGACACUUUAGCAGAAGCAGGAACAGCUAAAACUUAAGGUGCUAUUCUUUCUUUGUGGUCUCCUGUCCAUCCAGUAUGGCUAUACCGAUCUGUAUUGUUAAAGUCACUCUGGCGUGGCAGGGCCUUAUUGGUGCUAAAAUGAAACCACGGCUUUUAUUCCUGGUGUCCAGAAUGAAACAGACUUCUUGUACUUCCAGCCUUGGCAGUGCUGGCAGUGAAAUUCUAGCUCUGUUUUUGAGUUCAAGUGAAAAGUGGAUCCGCAUCUCUUUUCACACUUUUUGGUUUUAUUUUUUGAACCUGCUGUCCACCUUGCUGUCAUCCACAUUCUUCACCUCUUCAUCCACACAUCUGUUGUGGUUUGUUUCUUUUUUUCUUGUGCGAAGGGGGAAUUUUCUCAAAAAAACAAAUUGGAAUCAAACAAACAGACACACCUACGGGGGGAAAACACCACAAGGAUCUGUACCUAUUUUGUAUAUGUAUAAUAAAUUGAGAUGUUUUUAAUUAUUUUGAAUGCUGAAAUAAAGCAUGUUAAGUGGUCUAACAUUGAA